AGAUUAGCCAAGCAAGCAGUAGUCUCCACACGUAGCCCUGGAAACCAGAAAAAGCAAAGCUGGGAAGGGGAGCCGUAUCCCCAACAUGCCUCUGGAGGACAAUACCCUCCGAGAAGUCUGGGCCUCUGAAAGUGAGCUGGAGGAGGAAUCCGCGAGCCCUGAGCUACAGACGCGCCCCAAACAGCGUCUCGCCGCAGGGCAGAAGCCAAAGAAGAAGCGGCCUGAACCCCAGGAGUGCCCCAGCCCCGCCGAAGCCAAACCCCGCAGAAGCGCAGCCGCAGGGCGUGGGGACGAGCGGGGGGCGCCACCGCAGGCGGGGAAGAAGGGGCGGCGGCGGGAUGAGCCGCCCAGGACCCCUGCUGAACCGAACCCCUACGCCAAGUUCAUUCGUGACCCCGAGAGGAAGAAGCCAAGCCCCGGGGAGACUUUCCUCGUAGCCCGGGCUCCAAACGUGCAGGAGGAAGAGGAGGAGGAAGAGGACGAGGAGGAAGAAGAGGAAGAAGAGAAAAAGAAAGAGAAAGUCUCGCUUUUAAAACCUUCAAAGAAAGUCCUCAAAGGAAAAGCAGAUGGAAACACAAAGGGAAAGGGGACCCAGCCCCAAGGAGAUCUGGGAAGCCCUGCUGUCCCCCGGAAAGCUGUCCGAAAUAAGAAGAAGGAAGCAGCAGCAGGGAGUUCAGCUGGGGAGGAGCCCAAGAUAAGAAAGGGCAAGAAGAAAGAAUCUAGUGAAGGUGAAAGGGACUCCACUGGUACACCUACUGGAAACAAAAAGAUGCCAGAGUCUAUGUUCCAGGCUGGAGGAGGUGGCCCUACAGAAAAACCAUUGAAGAAGAAAGCCUCCCCUAAAGUUCCAGAAGCUGAGAGUGAGGAAGAAGAGGCAACAACUAAAAACAGCAACAAAAAGGGAAAAGGGAAAGGAAAAGGGAAAGUCCCAAAGAAGGAGGAGAGGCCCCCAUCACCCCCCAUUGAGGUGGAUGACCCCAAGGAGUUUGUGCUGCGCCCAGCACCACAAGGAAGAACCGUGAGGUGCCGGGUAACCCGUGACAAGAAGGGAAUGGACCGGGGAUUGUACCCCUCCUACUACCUGCACCUGGACAGUGACCGGAAGGUAUUCCUCCUAGCUGGCCGAAAACGGAAGAGGAGCAAGACCGCCAAUUAUCUCAUCUCUGUUGACCCCACCAACCUGUCCCGGGCAGGGGAAGACUUCAUUGGCAAGCUCAGGUCUAACCUUAUAGGGUCCCGAUUCACUGUGUUUGACAAUGGAAAGAAUCCCCAUCAUGGAGGUGCAGAUGUGGGGACCUAUCGACAAGAAUUGGCAGCUAUCAUCUAUGAGACCAACGUUCUGGGAUUCCGGGGACCCCGUCGAAUGACGGUCAUCAUCCCAGGGAUGAGCUCAGAAAAUGAGAGGAUCCCAAUCCGGCCCCGAAAUGAUAGUGAUGGGCUUCUGGUGCGCUGGCAGAACAAGACAAUGGAGAAUCUGAUAGAGCUACGAAACAAAACACCCAUCUGGAAUGAAGAGAGUGGCUCCUACACCCUCAAUUUCCAAGGACGGGUCACCCAGGCCUCUGUCAAGAACUUCCAGAUUAUACAUUUGGAUGACCCUGACUAUAUUGUGCUGCAGUUUGGCCGGGUGUCAGAGGAUGCAUUCACCCUGGACUAUCGAUAUCCACUUUGCGCCCUACAAGGCUUUGCUAUAGCCCUUUCCAGCUUUGAUGGGAAGCUGGCCUGCGAGUGACCUCUACCUUACCCCCAGUGCUCCAAGACUCCAUGCCCUAUGUGGAAGAGGAUUCCAGAAGAAACUGUGAUCCUGAGCUUCUCUCAUCCUGGAGUUCUUUUACUGUAAACUCAAACCCCAAGGGUCCCUCCACCCCAGAGAUUCCCAACCUAUUUUUAAUGGUCCUUGCCAAAGGGACCCUCGGAGAAGUGACCCUUCUGCUCCUGGUGCCCUGAUGUGAGUUCUACUCCCUUAAUGAUCCUUGACCCCGCUUCCAAAGCUACUGACUCUAAUUCCUGGAGGGCUCGUCCCUAGAGUCUCCCUCCCCCCCAUACUGCCAGCUCUUGGCUGAGACAAGGGGAGGAACUUAGACAGCUGGGAGAAGAUGAGGAACAUCUGGACUCAAGUUGGCGCUGCACAUCUGGAUGUGGUGCUCUCCCUCUCCCUAGCGUGCCUCCC